UCAUGUUUUGACAGCUGAUUUCUAUCAAAAAUCGUGAAAUGAAACGUGCGUAAAAGGAAUAGGAAUUUUUAGGAUUCCAGUAUUAUUUUAGGUUUUGUUUAACUUAAAUCAUCAUACAAAUCUAAAUAAAUAUGACGGCAGUACACGUUAUAAGGAGGUUUGGUGUUCCAUUAGCUAACAUGUGUUGUCAUAAAAAGCCGACAAAAUUACAAGUGCGAUAUAGUGCUACUUUAGGAUUAACUGCGAAGAGAUUUGCUCCAGUGCUUAUAAAGGCUCGCCACCUGGGGCUAGGUCCCACGUCGAAGGAUUUUGAGGAGCCCACACAAAUAACAGGACCUAUAACGAAACUACAUGCAGCUGAGCUCGUUCUACACUUAAAAGCUGAUGAGAGGAAAUUGUUGUUCACGGCGCUACAGGAAUACGAAUCUAAUAGGAUUAAAGAGGAGUUCGAAGAUAAACUGGCAGGCCAGAGAUGGAGAACAAAGCUAGGCAGGCCCAGCAAAGUGCCCACACUCGGCGACGUAGACCCUACGGGCACCUACUGUCCGGUCCCAGAGGACUGGCUGAAGAAAAAGUAUGCGGCCACAGUACCCAAGCCUACAACCAGGGAGUUAGUCCACUUGUCAUUAGCAAAUUCAGUGCCAUUCAUUGGUUUUGGCUUCUUGGAUAACUUCGUAAUGAUAGUUGCGGGCGACAGCAUCGAAAGCAGCAUGAGCGCGUUCAUCACAAUCUCGACGAUGGCGGCCGCCGCGCUCGGCAACACGUUCAGCGACGUGAUCGGCAUCGGCUCCUCGUACUACGUGGAGCGCGCGGCCGCCAUGCUGGGCAUGGCGCCGCCGCCGCUCGCGCCCGUGCAGCUCGACAUGCCCGUGUGCCGCCGCGUCUCCAACCUGGGCCGCGUACUAGGCAUCACAUUAGGCUGCUUCCUCGGCAUGACGCCGCUCCUCUUCAAGGACUACAAAGACGACAAAGAUAAAGACAAGGACGUCAAGAAAGAUAAACAGGGACCUAAAGCGGAAGCGAAGGCGGAAGCGAAAGCGGACGCGAAAGCGGAUUUGAAGAAGAGUUAAUUCUGGAAAGUGUUAGGAGGGGUGGAUAGAGACCAGUAAGGUACUAAUCUACUUAUAUUUUACUGUUGUGGAAUGUACUAAGAAAAUAAAAUGUAUUUGGCGCAAAGCAUUCUCUCCGACCUCGAUUACGAGCAUAACGUUUUAUGGUAUGGUGUGCAGUCCACACUGUUGAGCUUAUAUAAGGCAGAGGGAAUAUAUUUCCCAUUAUGAUGUUGAACUAUAUUUGCAAAGUGAUAGGGUUUAAUUUUGCACAAUUUCUGCCGCCUUUAUUCCCGUUAAAGGGUUAACAAUUCGUAAACCUUAUUGCGAAGACAUAAGGUCCACCGAUGGUC